AUUAAAAAAAAAACUAAAAAUUAAAAAAAUUUAAUCAAAUAAAUAAAAAAAAAAAUAUUUAAAAAAAAAUCAAAUUUAUAGUGUAUAUACGCUGUUUUUGAAAAAAAAAAAAUAUUUUUCUAUAAAAAAAAAAUAAUUCCGAUUUUCGAAAAUAACCAAACGUGCACUGUUUGAAGUUUAUUUCAAUCGCUGUGCCAAUCAGCCAGUACAUACUAAAUUUUGUCGACUAACCAGUACAACAACUAGCCGUCACGCUAAUUAUAGCGCACUUGUACAACAAUAACAACAACAUAAACCACAAAACCAUUGUGUUUAAGCCGUACUCGUACUCACAACGAAAAUUUUCUUAAAAAUAUAAAAUUUAGAUUCGGUUCAAGUUGCUCAGCAAACCAUUCAAUUAUAACGAAAGAGUUCUAAUUCUAAAAAAACACAACCAAAAUGAGCUAUCUGCGUUCAAUAGAAAUCUCACGCGUAGAGAUGACGCCGGCGGAAGACUCCACCUACACGACAAGUAGCGGUUCGAAGCGUGCGAGCUACUCGUUGAUGGGCAUCAAGUUGUUGGAAUUGGCGCUGGUCAUCACUUGCAUCGGCCUCAUCGAUGAGCCAUCCACACACUCACAUCUGCGCAUCUUCAUCACGCCGCGCGUUGUCGCCCUCUGCUACGUAACCUUUGGCAGUCUCAUCAUUUAUACUUCAAUUUACUUAAUUAUGGCAUUGUUCGGCGAUGUCACAUCUUGGCGCACCUCGACGCUGUGGUCCAUCAUUGGCUUCAUACUGCUUGUGGCUGUGACGGCGCUACUCUUCCGCGAUUGGUCCACCACAAAGGAGCGCAAUUACUGGCAUCCGAAUAUGCAACGUCUUGACCUGGUGCUGGCCGCUGCUGCGGUCUCAUUGGUGACCACACUCAUCUACUUGGUGGACUUGUUGGCUACAAUACGUUUUGGUGUUAGCGGUGAACUGGAGUAAAUGCGGUUGUGGUUUAGCGACUAACGGUCGCACAGAGCAGCUGUGCAUCAUCGACGUCUUCUGGCUACGUUUUAAAGAGAAUGCUGUAAUAUUUACAGAAAAUCGACGCAAAUUUGUUUAUAAUAUUUUUUAUUAAUAAUUUUUACGAAAAUAAUUGCAAUAUUUUAAUUUUCAAUGCAUAGUAUUAAGCUCAAAGUAACAAUUCGUUGGUGUUUAUACUUAUAUAUAGUAACAUAGAUAUCUAUAUAGUUGUAUAGAAAUAUCAGUGGCGCAUCCGCGGAGGGUUUUGGGUAGCAAGCACACCUCAAAACAGAGAUUCUAAUUAAAAUUGUCCAGAAUUUACGAAGUAACUUCAAUAUUAAAAAUCUUUUGGCAGCAAAAAACCCCCAAUAGCAAAUGCUGGCUACGCCACUGAGUAAUAUAUAUACAUAUAGGUAUAAUGCUAAGCGCAAUCGAAUAUUUAAUAUGCCAUGAGAAAUUCGCAUUUCUUUAAAUGUACAAAAAUCACAAAUAAAAUGUUCAAUAUUGAUUAAGUGCGUCAAAUCGUUGACGAGACACAGUUUUUUUAAAAACGUUUUUCUUACAAACUAAUUGUAAAAGUUGAAUAAACAAUUUUUUAAUACAACAGUAAUUAUAUAUAACCGAA